AUGAAUUCUCGUUCAAUAAUUUUGAAACUCAUGUUGCUUGGGGCAAUGCUAAUGCCCACAAUGAUGGCUUCGGCAUUUCAGCCCAGUCCAUAUUGUCCAACCAGAUGUGGAGAUAUCCCUGUCCCCUUUCCGUUUGGAACUAUUUCGGGUUGCCAUCUUGAUGAAUCCUUCUUUAUUAAUUGCAAUAAAAGUUACAAUCCUCCCAAGCCAUUUCUGAACUUCGGUGAAAUUGAAGUUAUUGACAUAUCAAUCAAUGGACAGAUGAGAAUUGCUGCUUCUGUGGCCAGUUAUUGUUAUGGAAAAUCCGGUUCCCAAAUAAAUGGCAGCAUCUCAAAGCUCGCCUUGUCCGAAUUCCACUUUUCAAGAGCACGAAACAAGUUCACUGUUGUUGGGUGCGACACUUAUGCAGUUAUUGAUGGUUCUGAGGAAUGGAAGCAACGGAGUGCCGGGUGCGCAUCGUGGUGUCAUCGAAUCGACAGCGUGGUUGAUGGAACCUGCGCUGGCCUUGGCUGCUGCCAGACUUCAAUUCCAGAUGGAGUUAAGGACUUUUUGAUCGACAUUCGGAGUUUUCAGAAUCACUCGAGGGUGAAAACUUUCAAUCCAUGUGGUUAUGCUUUUGUAGUUGAAGCAGAGGCUUUCAACUUCUCAUCUUCAGAUCUCCAAGAUUUGCAGGGCAGAAAGACUGUCCCUGUUGUGCUAGACUGGUCUAUAGGGAACGUGACGUGCCUAGUAGCUCUAGAAGACCUCUCAAGCUAUGCUUGUCGAGCUAUGCGUAGUGAAUGCAUUGAUUUAACCAACGGACUUGGUUAUCGUUGCAAUUGUUUAACGGGAUAUCAAGGGAACCCUUACCUUAUUGAUGGUUGUCAUGAUAUUGAUGAGUGCAUUUCAAGACCAUGUGAAGGAACAUGCACAAAUUUGCUGGGAAGCUAUUUAUGUUCUUGUCCUAAGGGGCUUGAAGGUGAUGGAAAGAAAGGUGGCACAGGUUGUCAUCCCAAAGAUCAAACUAAGGUCUCUACCUUGAUGUAUAUUGUUUCUGGUCUCAUUUUUGCUGUUGUUGGAAGUUCUUGGAUAUUUUGGAAAAGCAAGAAAAACAAAGUCGUUAAACUAAGACACAAGUAUUUCGAGAAAAACGAGACACAAGACCCAUUUCUAGUUUAUGAGUUUUUUACCGGUAAGACAUUGUACGAUUUGAUCCACGAUCAAGAAUAUUUUCUUUCAUGGGAUCUUCGUCUCAAGAUAGCCUUUGAAACAGCAAGUUCACUUGCUUACUUGCAUUCUGCUGGGGAGUUGCCAAUUGUUCAUGGAGACAUCGCCAGCUUCCGCAUUUUCUUGGAUUCUGGUUACAAUGUGAAAAUUUCACAGCCUUCACUCCGUGGAUGUGUGUGUACACCUGACUACUUGUCUCCGGAGAAUCAUGCUUCAGAGUAUUCGACGGAAAAGGGUGAUGUAUACAGUUUUGGAGUUGUAUUGGCAGAGAUAUUGACAGAAGAGGAUCAAGUAACUGAACAUGAUUCAGCUGUUGCUGGACUCAAACUCAAAUGA